AUGCAGGAAGGGUGGAAUGAGGACCUGAGCCUGCGUGUGUUGACGACUGUGUGCUACCGCUCAUCAAGACCCCCUUUGAAUAACGAGUGGCCUCAACCUACACCCCGCUCGUCUGCCCCUCGAAUCUGGGACUUUGACGAGACUCGUCUCCUCUUUUUCCCCUCCCUCGUUAUCUGCCUCAAUCGGCCGGCAGACGUGUCGUGUCGUGUCGUGUCAAUUAUCCCAGAACCGAGAGUGCCCCAAUGCCAUCCGCGUGUCUGGCUCUGCCGAGGCACUUGGGGCUACUGGAGUCAAAUGGGCCAAUCCAUGUUCUCUUUCAACUUCUCCCUCAAGUGGAGCGGGAUAACUGAUUUCGCUCUAGUCGCGCGGUUCAAAGCCGUCCCUUGGCUUGACUCCGAUCUGAGUCACAGAACAUCUACCUUCACACGACAUAUAAACACACCCAAAUAA